AUAGCUGGUAGAGAAAAUAUCCACCAGUGGAUACCGAAACCACAAUCACCACACCGCCAUCGUCCGCAGGAAGGUGUAGAGGAUUUUACACCGGGACAAACGAAAGAACGUCUUGGCUGGCCUUUUUCUGUAUUUUCAAGUAGUUACUUUUAAAAAGUUGUGGUUAUGUUUCAACAACAAAUACAUGUCAACAAUAACAAUAUUUAUAAAUAAGUUUUCAAAAUGCGGAAUACCUUCAUUUUGCCAAACUUAGAGCAACUAUUUGAUGUUUCAGGAAUAUCUUGUGACAAAGUUGUAGUUAUAUCCAUCAUAGGAAAAUCAGCUUGCAAUUCUUUUGGAUUAAAAGUUAAGACUGUCGGUCGUGUGAUACCUCCUCGAGAUAUUAACGAAGAUCAAGAGUGCGUGAUAGAAGGUUCUUAUGAUGAAGAAAAUCAAAUUGUUUAUUUACAUAUGUGCAGUCCAUUAGACACUGACACAUUAGUAAAAAAAUAUGCUGAAAUAAGGAAAAAUUGUGAGACUGAUAGACAUUGUGAUGAUUUUUUGGCUGUGUAUGAUGAAAUCAAAAGCACUUUUGCUCGAUACUUAUUGUUGCUUUUUCAUGUCAGUCAUAUUGUAGUAUUGUCACAUCCAGGUUGUACGCUUGAUACGAAUUAUAUUCAGUAUUUCAAAGCGAUAGAUUCUUUAAGCCAAAAACUCUAUGACAAAGUCAUUGAAAUUUUAAAGCCUCUCGAUAUUAGCCAAGAGUGGGCAUUAGCUGGACGUUUUUGUACUCCCAGAUUGAUAUUUUAUUUCGAAAAAUGCCCUACUAAUAUAAACAAUGUAAAAAAGCUAGAACAUAACUUGGAAGAUAAAAUUUAUUAUAUAUUAAAGAAGACGCGAAUUAUUAGCACUACUGGAUGUUCUCUCUUUGCCAUUCCAUUGAAUGACGAAUUCGUCUAUAUUGAAGAAGCACCUGGUCCGAGCGAUAAGCUGGGACACAUGGUAAGAGGCCUUUUGAUGGAUUGUCAGCCAGGUGGUGCUAUGCAGAUUGAGGUACCAUAUUCCAGUCAACCUAGCCAGGAAAAGAAUUUCAAAAAAUUUCUGCAUGUCCAUAUACAACAAGCUCGGACCAAAGGGUUUGAUGAUACCGUAAGUUCUGGGCGACAUCAGCAUUCCCAGUCAUCGCAUUUUGAGCUUCCGAUCUUAAAACAAUGGUUAGAAGCCACCUCCGAUAUUUAUAAGUUAAUUUCGAAAAAGAAAUUGAUUAACUUGCUGUGCACAGAGACGCGGUUUUCUGAACAAAGGUGUCUGAAAGUUCUGCCACUAGCUCUAGCCAGAUACCAAGAGAACCUACCACCUAAUUACGCAAAAGCCGAGCAUGAAGCUAGACUGGCCAUAGCUCUAGCAUUAUUCCGAGCUCAAGCUCGCGGCCCGGCAUUCGAUCAAUACGCCACGCAGUUGGAAAUGGAUUGUCAAGCGCACUGGGAAAACGGCAGGCAACAGUGUGAAGUUGCUUCGUUGACAGGGAAUCCGUGUAAGCUGCCCAAACAUCCCAGCGAUCAGGAACAUCUUAGCGGGUUCAUUUAUAAAGCAAUAUGCGACUGUGGCAGGAAAGUGGGCGCUAGGGAAGAUCCGUACAGCGUCAAACAAGCCAACUACAUUUUUUACCAGCAAAUCUCUAAAGAAUGCCAAUGUUCGAAACUGGAAAGAAUAACUUUUCCGGAAUACUCGAAGAUUUCAACUACUGGUGAAUCAGAUGAAUCGGUCUUAGACAAAAGCGGAAAAGUAUCUGAAGGAACCGAGAAAGAUACUAGUAGUAAAAGUAACGAUCAUCUUCCUGGAAUGCUCACUUUAAGCUCAUCACCAGAUUUGUUACCUUUGUAUUCUUCAUGGUCAUUAGUGUGUUUAGGAGCGUCUUCUCUAUAUAGCCACAAUUUAGGAUUGUCGGAGUCACAUCAUCCAGGCUUCUUGAGUUCCACGAACUACCUUCUACCUUGGGACGUCACAGUUUAUUCCAAAUCGAAACAAAACUGGCCGCACGUCAGUAAAUAUACGACGAGAGGCAGAAGGGGUCGGUCUACAGGCAGUUUGCCCCAAUUUACCGUCAAAGUAUUCAUUGGAGUCGAAUACGAAUGUUCGUCUGGACACAGAUUUAUGCUGUCCGGUCCGGAUAGGAUGCUAAAGGCGAUGCCGGGAAGUAUCGUGAAGGAUACCGGCCAUAAAAUUGCCGAAAGUGACAUGCCGUUGUACUAUCCAUGCGCAUGUCGCGCUGGGAAGUUGGCUCAGCUAAUGCGGUUGCAUGUGGUGACGCCGAAAGCCCCAGUUUAUUGUACUCUCCAUCCAAAGGUACAACCUUCACCCGGGGCUCCAAUUUUCGUAAGUUCUUUGGAUGGUUCAACAAAACUGACCCAGUCCGCCUAUUGGAUAAUGAGGUUGCCCUACGUUUAUACCGCCGAUAAGGAACAUUAUCCCGUCAAUCUUUCAGCUAGGCUUCUGCAAGGAGUGUUUGGGGUCACUGAAAUAGAGCAGUAGACGGAUUUAUAACAUAACGCUGGAUUAAAUAGAUAUUUAGCUUUGGAAAUAUGGGAAUAUUGAGAAGAAUGUUGUUUAGAAAACUCCUACAGAUGUGGAGCAGUUCUUGAACUAAAAUAUAGUCUGAAUUGGACUGUGAAUGGACCUAUACUAAGCAACAGUAUCUGAAUUAAUUCGUUAUGAUUUAUUAUUAUUAUUAUUUUAUUGUAUUAUUUCAUUUGUAUAUAUUUUUUUAAUAAAAACGUUGAUAUCAGUUUUGUAAAUUAUUAAAAAAAUACUAAGAAAGGAUAGAAAAAGUAUGUGUCAAAAAUUCAAUUAUAC